AUGGUACAAACCCGGUCUUCAACACGGAACUCGCUCGACAGCGAGGAUAAUAACACCAACCAAGAGAAUGCCACUCAGCACCCGAAACGCGAAGACGAGCCCGAACUCAGCGAAGUAGCAAAGGGGAAGCGUCCCGUCAAGAGAUAUCAUUCGGACGACGACCCCGACCCCGAUGAGAAGAAGCCGAAAAAGAGGAAGCGACUCCCCAGAGGUGGCCAGCGAAAGACUCACGUCUUCCAUAUCCCUAUUCCAAAUUCACGGGACCUAGAGAUAAUCCGCGACUGGUUCAAACGCCCGCUAGACCGCCAGUGCUGGGGCGUCAUCCGAGACAAUUUCUCUGCUCUGGAGGGGCUCUGGGCGGAGCAUUACAAGUGGAAUCUACCGACGACCAGGACUGAGAUGGACUACGCGUUACUCGUCCGGACCAUCUGUGAAUAUAGGAAUAUGCCUAGUUCUAACGGAAGGACUUGCGACCGAUGUGCGGCCAGGGGGCAGACAGGGUGCCUGCACAACGGCUUUGAUAGAUGCAAAGGCUGUGUCCGCAACAGCGUGGCAUGCACUAUGACAGACAAGCGCACUGGAGAAACGAAAGUUCUUCUGGGGGACAAGUACAUCAACGAACCUCUGUCAGAUCCGGAUGCGCUUGUGCAAUGGUUUACCCCCGAUCAGCACCCGCCUGUGCCAAAGCUACCGGGGAAAAAGCAUCGUAAUGAUGCUAGUCUUGGUGGCCCAGUCAGAGAAACCCGUGCAGCUACGCCUGGUCCCUCUACCCAAAUCUCCCAACAGGGCUUUGUUCGGCGUACUCGAGGGAAUGCAGCUAUGACGCGUUCACGGCAGCCCCGACUCCCUGUCAAGCAGCAGGAUCCCACCGUCUUUUUGGGAAACAACUCGUACACAAAUAAAAACUUCCUUAACUCACCGCUCUACCCAGACGAGACGUCCUUUGGGGAUCAGCAGGGGAUGGCAUUUGCUGGACAAUAUCAGACGCAUCCCGAGUACCCCGUGCCGCCAGAAUCAACAGCCUUCAAUCCUCAUUUCCCACAACACGAUCAGGGAAACAAUGGGGCAGGGCUUCAUCAACAGCUCGCCCAGCUCAGAAAUAACAAUGCCAUGAUGAUGAAUACGAUUCUUAAACUUCGCGGUGAAGUGCGGAGACUCGGUGGCGACAUAAGCAUUGGUGUAGAUGUGGUAGGACUGCAACCCAUUCAACGUGCUCCUGCUACUUUGGAGGGCCCAGCUCCCUUUCCUGCUCGCCGGCAGUCACAGCUCGGGAAUGCAACUACAGCCUCCCGCACCACCACUGUCACCCCUAUAUCUCCGCUUUUCGAAAACACCCUGGAAAAUAUAACGCCAACAUCGAGUGGGUUUGAAUAUAACACCCAACAUCAAACUCCGGCAUCAGGGUUUCUCGAUGCCAAUGUGCAUCGGGCAACACCCACAUCGGCUGGAUUAGAAUAUAACGCCGAACAUCAAACUACCACUUCGCCAUUGUUCAAUUCCACUGCACAUCAUUCGAGGCCGACCUCGGCGCCAUUACUCAAUAGCAUGUCGCAUCAAACUCCAGCGCAAACGCUCUUCCCAUCCGAACUACAAGACUUCGAACUGGAUUCAGGAUACGCAAGCUUUCCCUCAAACUUGCAACAAUUUGGACGACAGGCCUCGGAAACCCCUGUCGACCCAGGUCUACUGGACUACUCAAACGACUACUCAAACCUUCUGCAGCUUGACACCGGAAAUACACCGAAUAGAUCCCGACUCGAGUCCUACGACGCCACCGGCGAAGCUACAUCUGCUCUUCAACAGGAAGGAACAAUGAGGAGGUCACGACUUAGUGUAGCCGCCGGCCUUGAGCUGGGCGGUAAUAGAGCUGAGGCACAGGAGGAAAACCGCGAUCUUUCGCUGCGAUCAACGAAAGAGAGGUUGGGUGAGCAUGUUGAAGAGGUCUUGCGCGAGGAAGAGCAGAGUGCUUCCCUGGACCGCCUUGAUGCAGGGUGGACUGAAGGGCCUCCGGUGCAAUUUGGCCGUCUGAAUGCUAAUUCCAAUGGAGUUCAGUCUGGGCUUGAUCACGAGUCACGGCAUGGGUCUCUAGCUAUCGAUCAGUUUGAUCGCACGCUGUUUGGCCUAUCGGGCGAUUUGGACUUCUAA